AUGCUCAUUUCAUCUCUUCCUUAAUUCAGAAAGUAGUCAUUUAAAGAUAUAACCUAAAUGCUUAUUGAUCUAAGAUUCAAUUUGCUUGGUAAUGAAGGAGCCAAAUAGCUAGGAGAAGAACUAAAAAAUUGCAGAAAUCUUACAGAGGUGUCUAUCCUUUUACAAAACAAUUAAAUUAGCGAAGAAGGAGCAAUAUAACUUGCAAGUGGUUUAAAAUAUCUCAAUUAAGUAGAAAAUUUGUAAUUAUUUUUAAGAUGGAACUAAAUAGGUGAAAAAGGAACUAAGUAAAUUGUAGAAAGUCUUAAGCUUUGUAAAAAUCUAAAGUACUUGAAAAUAGAUUUUGGUUGUUCAAGAAUUGGUAAAGUAGGCGCAAAAGAACUAGCCCAAAUUUUCAAAUAAACCCACAAUGUUACUGAUUUAUGCAUUGAUUUAUGGGGUAAUUAGUUAGGACCAGAAGGUUUGAAAUUUAUUACUGAAGGACUGGGACACUGCUAAAAUAUAACAAAUCUCUCUGUAUUUUUAAAAGAAAAUUCUAUUGGUGCUACAGGAGUCUAGAACUUAGACAAGGUUCUACUAGAAUGUAAAAAUUUAAGCAAAGUACAUCUUGACUUAUACUAAAAUGAUAUACAAAAUGAUGGGGCAAUAUAACUUGGAAAGAUCUUAGAAAGAUGUUAAAAAUUUAAUAAUCUCGAUAUUAGUUUACAGAAAAAUUCAAUCAAUAUUGAUGGAACUUAAGCUCUUUCAAAAAGCUUAAAAAAAUGUAGUAGGAUAAAUAUAAUAUCGCUUGAUCUGUCCGAAAAUGAUGUUUUUGAGGAUCAAUUAACUACCACAUACAAUAAUCUAAAGAAAAUGAGUAGACUUGUUAGCUUUUAAAUAAAAUUGUGA